GCAACUUAUGCAGUAAAUUGUGACUUCAGGGAAUAGAAAAAGCGAAAUUGAGAAAUUGCGACCUUGUCUUGUUUUAUCAAAUCUGGAGCUUGGACUGGAUUGUUUAGUCAACUUCAGUGCCUUAAAAGUUUUACGUAUACUAUAAAUGUUUGCUAUUUAUUUUUGUUUUGUAAUAACGAAUCAGGUUACCUAUAGUGGUUUGCAGAAGGCCCGAGCAACUGAUCUAAGACUGUACGUACGAGUACCGUCACGGAGUACGUACUGCAGUACAGUACUUCGAAGAUCAGAAAUCAGCUGAUUGAGUAGUCGAAAUUUUUUUGCUGUCAGUUUAACCGAAUGAUUACGAAAUUGCUCAAUCCAGCUGGUCGCAUUGUUUUGAGAUUAUUAAUUAAUCGGCAUGGUACUGUGUUUCCCAUCUGAUCUUCAGGUCUGCAUCUAACCGUAAGAUUCCUUCAUUGCGCACUAUGCAGUCUCUGCGAACGCUUCGCAGCACCGUCGUCGUGCAGGGAUUCUGCAGCUUCCUUCGCAGUUGGCGCCAGCUUGAUCUUCCCGGAUUUCUCGAUGGUUAUCGCUUCAUUCGAUGCGCGGCCGUGUGUUUGGCCGAGAAGAAUUUCUUCGAAGUUCUGGGCUUUCCCGUGUCGUACGAUGUGCCGUCCGAUCAGUUAGUUAAGCGCUAUCGGGAAUUAGUACAGAAAAAUCACCCUGAUCGCUUCUACCACAAAGCAGGCUCGGAGAAGAAUGAGAGUGAAGAGCGCAGCCGUUUAAUCAAUCAAGCGUACCGCGCGCUGCUCAACCCCCAUACCCGCGGUCUGCACCUUUUAGAAGUGAAAAAGAUUCCUCUCGCUGAGGACAAGCUGGAUAUGGCUAGCGAUCAUCUCCUAGAAAUCUACGAGAUCAAUGAGGAGCUCUCUCAAACCACGGACCCCGCCCGUCUCAACGCCAUCAAAACCGCCAACGACGCCAAACUCUCCGCUUUAAUCAACGACGUUAGCAGCGCUUUUCAGACCAACCAACUUGAAGACGCGCAGCGUCUCUUGUCUCAAAUGAAGUACUAUGCCACUAUCGAGGAAAAGAUACGCCUAAUAGAGCUCGAACUGGGUGUCGUCCGUUAACCGUUGCAGAAAAUAAGACAUUUUUAAGAUUUACGGUUUACUGCAAACGGGCAGCUGUGCUACGAAGGUGGUGGGGGUUGUAAAGAGAUCGGCAUGUCGUAGCUAAGUCCCAUCUUGGCCAAUCGCCCCUGUUUCUUCUUCAGCUUUUUCUCCAGCCGCGCCAUUCGCUUGCUGUGCUGUUCGUCGGUAAUGUUGCGAUUGUGCUCGUAACGGGCACGAGCGUUAUUCCGCGGCAGUCGAAACCGGCGAUGGCAGUGCUUAAAGGUGUCUUUGUGAACUUUCUCCGGAGGAAUGUACUUACCUGCAAUUUUUAUGAUCGAUUAAAUGUGGCGCAUUAUAUAGUACUCAGCAUUUAG